AUGAGUCUACAGCCUGAGAAGAAAAAUCCAAAGAAAGCAACAUUUGGGCUGUCACUUCAUGAUGCUGUCUUAAAGCCAAGCUUAACAGGAUUGUGCCAAUCAGAAAAAAACGCCUAUCAGUUAAUUCUGGAUUUUAUGGAACCAGGACAGAUGCUUGAGUUAGACAAGCUCAAUUUUCUGAAUGCUGUGGAAAUCUUGAGCAGUCUUGUACGUGAUCAGACAAAUGGCAACAUGAAUAACUACUAUCCUAAAACCCUUCUGGCCAAGAAAAUUGAGAAACUCAUCCUGGAAGAGUCCACUGAGAUCUUGGAUAGCAGUGUGCGUGAGCAAGCCAUGCUGUGCAUCGUGAUCCUGAGUCAGGUGAAGCCGCCUUUCCACUUUGGCCAGAAGCUGGAACUGGUCAGCUCUUGUGUCACCAGCAUAUUUUCUCUGCCACUCAUCACGCCCAGUCUAGACCGAAAGGAGAGUGCUAGCCUCUACCUCCAGACAAUCCAGGCCUUGGAUGACAUGCUACAAGCUCUUGUGAUGGAAGAUUUGAAGCCCAACAUGUUUAUACUGCAGAGCUUCUUGGAGAUCAUCUUACCUUGGUUAACGCAGUCAGACAAAAUGCACAAGCAGAUCCGAGCGCUGGGCUCUAUUUCCCGACUGCUGAGGUUUAUUUGUAAUUUCUCUGAUGUGUCAAACAUGGCAUCAUUCUCCAUAAUCGGGAAACUGAUAGGCACCUUCAGCCUCCUCUGCCUGGAUACCAGCCAAGAGAUCAGUGCAGCAGCGUUAGAAGCACUGUAUUACUUGUUCACCAUCCUUGUGCUUCAGAGAAGAGUAAGACUGAAGAUGGAGACUGUCCUGAAAAACUUACAGAAGCAUUUCCGUGGCAACUGGAUGGCCAACAUGCAGAAUCUCACACUGUUCUUCAGGAAAUACCUGACCCCUAUAGAGAGAGCUGAUAUGAUCUUGGUGGCCAUGGAGGCCAUGACCAGCGGCAGCAAGAAUGAUGUCUUUGCAGCCUCCCAGAUGUUAAAGAUGGUCCUGCAGCACCCUUUUCCAGAAGUUGCCAAGGUGCCAGAAAUCAUCCAGUUUAUUUACUACUGCAUAGACAGAGUCACCGAGAAAACCGUCCAGGGGGCCAUAAUGAAGGUCUUCCAAUUGCUGGUCCAGUCCCACACAGACGAGGUUAUCCUGUCCCUGUUCAAGAUAAAGGAACAGUCGGAAAGUGGGAUACACAGAUCCUGGGAAAUCUUGGCUUCCUUUCCGAAAGGCUACGGAAUGAUCAUGGAUUAUCUGCUGCAGAGGAUACUUUCUUCCCUCACACCCAAUGACCAGCAGACUGACCACAAAACAGAGCUCUCAGCGAUGAUUGCCACCAGGGCCAUCCACGAGAUGCUGCUGGUGCCCAGUCAUCAGGGGGAGGUACAGACUUACUUCGCCCCCCUGUUCGUGGUACUACUCUUCCAAAUCUCUUUUCUGGUAACCAAAGAGAGCACUGUGAUCCCAGAUGAGCGGAAUGAAUCCAAAUAUGUGGACAGUGUGAGUUCUUCUGUAGAGGCCUUGAAGACCUUGAUGCGCAGCUCGGGGUACACAGACCACAUGUCUUAUAUUCAGACAGUUGGGGCCUGGGAACUGCUUGUCAGCCCUGAAAGACACUACAGUGGAGUCACUCUGCUGGCCAGAUCCCUGGCCAUCAAGAACUGCUGGCACAAUCGCCCUGUCUUCAGCUUCCUCAUUAGGACCCUCCAGGACCCACACUGUGCCAACUACUUCACGGCCCUGGUGUUCCUGGCAGAGCUGCUCCGCUGUCCAGAUGUGGCAGGUGCUGUGGAUGCAGUUUCCACCAGGAUUCUAGCAAAUUGGUUCCGUUGUGAGGAGCUAUCCACAGGACGUCUAUUGCUGCAGAUCGCAGAAAUCUUCACAAAGCAUAAAAACACGAUAAUGCACCUCCAGAUCCUGCAUCCCUACAUGCUGAGCUACUGCUACUCCACCAGCAGUGACCUGGUGAUGGAGACCUUUCUCACGCUGCAGCGCAUCCUCAAGAACCUGACCUGGCAACACUUUUCCACCUUUAUCACUCACCUGGCCUUCAAUUUGGAACACUUUUUUGAGGAGGAGUCAGAGCAGCUGCGUCUGAUAAUCUUCACAAUCUAUUCAAGUAUCCUUGCUAAGGUCUCGAGGAAGACCCUUGAUUUCCCCUUGAAGCACCAGGUCCUCAACUCGAUAGUCCUGCUUGUGUCGCACCUGGAGGAUGUAAAUGCUGACGUGGAGGAGGUCUGCAGGGUCAGCCUCUGCAACACAGCUACCAUCCUAGGCUGGUCCAAACUCAAAGGGGUCUUCACCAAGAAGGACGUAUUCACCAUCCUCAUUGCUCUGCUGCAGCAUGAAAGGAGCAAGGCGCUCUGGCUCCUGAAGCAGAGUGUGGCUCUCUUCAAGAGCCCUCAGGGCCCCAUCCGCCAGGUGGCUGUGUGGUUUUCAGGUCAGAUCAUCCGGAUACUUAACAGGGAAGAGAAAGAGAAAAUUGAAGACGAACGCGCAGCCUUGAUGUGCAUGCAGAAAGACCCUGACCCCACAGUCAGCUGCCUCACCAUGCAGACGUUCUACAUCCUAGAAGCCAAGAACGUGGUGCCGGAGCCCAAGACAUUUUUCUCUUGCCUAUGCUCAAAGAGGCUUCAUAGGAGAUAAGACUGAGCCAGCAUGCUAGGGGCUAGGGUCCACGAUGAGGCUCGUCACCAACACUAUGACAGCAGGCUACCCCCGCCGCCAGGCCUGCACCCUAGAACUCUGCUAAUAAAAAGAGAAGCCAAGCUCGUGUGUGUGUGUGUGUGUGUGUGUGUGUGUGUGUAGUUGGAUGUCAAUUUGUGGUUAUGAGCUGCCUUGUAUGCAGAAAUCAUCUGGCCAGCUUCUCUGGCACUGCUGCUU